GUUCUAUGAUCAGGGUGAUUUGUUCCUAAUCAGACUUGCUACACGCCUAAGGAUGUUGCUACUCAUUAUGACACCAAAUCACUCAGUAAAAAUCUAAAUUAAACAACUAAAAUUUCAAAAACUUGAAUGGCUGCAACGUUACCUGUUUGUAUACAAAGUUAGUAGAACACUUUAGGACUGUUCGAGUUUUUGGUUUGAGUCCCAUUUGAAGUAUCAUCUUCUAAUCAUCUCUUGAGGACAUUGCCAGAGGUUUGUGGAGCAUAAGAGGUAACCCAAUCAACGGCUGCAAUCUGUGUGGAAUUAAGCUGUUGAAUAUAACAACCAUUGACGACAGUUGGAGACGAUACCACAAGCAUAAUCAUCAAAAGGAAGAGUUUAAAAGAGAACCAAGAAGCAACAUGAUGAUGGAAGAUGCACUUCGAGAAACACCAAGGAGAUGGAGUUGUUAUAGGAACUGUACCAACUACAUGAGUCUAUGCAACCUCAUCUUCGGACUCCUCUUAAUAAGCUUGUGGGUAGCUUGCUUUGAGAGAUGUCUUAGUAGAAUGAGUAUAGAGAAUGAUGCUGCGGCUCCUCUAUGGACAGGAAUCGUGUGUGUUAUUGUUGGCUCUUUUGGACUGGUGUUUUCUUGCCUGUACUGGAAAAGAAAAAAUGAGACAUUGUUGUUCGUUCUGAUAUUAAUCACGGCUCUAUGUAGCUCUGCUGCCCUCACUCUCUCAGUCUACGCAUCAUUCAAAGAGUUCCAGUUAUAUGAGUCAGAAGGGCGCCCUCUAGAUGUAUUUGAUUAUGGCAUACUGGGCGUGGCCCUUUUUGCAGCAAUGGCGCUCUUCAGUUUCAUUGUGUUUAUUGGAAGUGUCACGUGGGCGUGUAUGUGUGCAUUCAGGCGUCAUCGGUCAAAGGUCCUCCAGGAUGAGAAGAUUUACAUAGAUGCAGAUGGUGAUAUACACAUCGAAGAUGAGGAACCACCAGCCUUCGUUCGAGCUUUCCAGACGGCAUCCCUACCUCGCCCAUCUCGCCUCAGCACCUCAGCAACAAUACAUCCUCUACAACAAGCCACAAGCUAUGAUCGACGCCACUCAAACUACCCACAAUCUAAUCGUGUAUCAUUCAACUUGCCUAAAUACGGGUCGUGGGAUUCGAGACGUGAUACACCUAGAUACCCAACGGCUGGUCCACGGUUCGCAUCCGUCACUGCUGCUGACCGACAGUGGUGGCGCUAUUGUAAUCCAGAUGAAAGGACUAGGCGAGUCAGUGGACUGUAAUGCGAACUAAACUGCGAUUUAAUUAAAUGACAAACACAAUAUUCUUAUAAGAAAUGUUUUUUUCUCUUUAGGUAGAAACUUUCCCAGCACGAGGAGGUGCACUUGCCCCUGCCGCUUCAAGAACAUGUUUCUUGCCUGUGUUUCUUUGGUGGGUGGCUUGAUGUUGGGGUUGUUGAUUACUUUUUCUUUGCUAUUUUAUUUUAUUUAUUGGAAAUAAUAUUAGAUUAACUUUUAUUCCAUAAACUUAAAAACAACGUAUGAACAAUCAAUGAGAACCUAAUGUAUUUUAAUAAAAGGUUGACGCUCAAAAACACAAAUAUUAAGCAUAGUGCCAGUGGAAACAUAGAUGAACGAUCGGUGUUAAUAAAUGAAUCUUUAAAUAAAAUACCAAAAGGGAAACUGACUGGGGGCUUUUAAAGAGUUGGGGCUGUCUUUGUUCAACCCCAAUUAAUUAAAUAAUUAAUUAUUGUUCACUGUGCAUAAUGGGCAUGAAAAUAUUUGUUUUUAAAUAUUCCGUUUUCCUCCUUGUUUAUACUCAAACUACUCGUUUAAGCAAAGUAUAGAUACCGUGAUUUUACUAACAUCAAAUUAGUUAUAUUUUGUCUUAAUAGUAUACAAUUUUCUUCCUCAAUUUGGGUGAAAGUUCUUCAAUGUAAAUUUGCACAUAAUUAAACUCGGAUA